AUGAUUGAAGGUGAUGAAGAAGAUGAGAUCAAUAAUCAUAAUGAAUUUUAUCCUAUUAAAUCAAAAAUUAGAAACAAAUAAAAGGUUAACAAAAAUACUUAUGGAUAAUUUAUACACAUUUUUAUUCUGGUGAUAUUUCUAGCAAUUUCAAUCUUAAUAUUUUAUAAUUGGAUUGACAAUUAAUCUCAAGAAAUUUAAUAAUCAUAACUUUUACCAUUUCAAAAUCCCUAAGAUUAAAAUAAAUUAUAAUGUCCCUUUAAUACAUCUUUUGAUUCCACAACAUUUACAUGUUUAAAAUGUACUUAGAAUUGUAUUUCUUGUUAUCAUGAAUAUGAAUCAAGAUGUCUUCAAUGUUAAUCUCCUUUCAAAUUAAAAUAAAAUAUAUGUACAAAAGAUUGUGUUUCUAUUAAUAAUAUUUGUGUAAACACCAAUAAUACUAAAAUAGAUUAAAUUAAUUAUACUGUAAUUGAUUUAGGGACUCUACUUAGAGUUGAAUAAUUAUUUUAAGUUGAAAUUCAUACAUACUCUUACAAAAAUAUUUAUAUUAUAUUUCCACCAUUAGGGAAUUCCUUCAAUUAUUUUUAUUAAUCCUUAUAAUUACCUGAAUUAGCAAAAUAAUUGGAAAGCACUAUUUUUGUAUUUUCAACUCCAUACACUGAAGUUAUUCAAAUUAUAGAAAACAAAGACCAAUAAGAUGAUUAGUUCAUAUACAUAAAUAGAAUUUAUUAAUUUGUUUAACCUUAUUUCUUAAAUCAAACUAAGUCCAUUAAUAUUGUUGCCUUAGGUGAAAUGCUCUUUUUUGCUCAUAAAUUUGCCACACUUAUGUAAUUAUCUAACUAUAUUUAUUCAGAGCUCAUAAUUUAAAUUAAGAUUUCAAAAUUAGACUCAUACUUAUGUAAACAAAUGAAGUAGAAUUAUAAGAAAGUAUUUAAUUAGAAGAUUAAAAAUUACAAAAUAUAUUGAAAUUUAUUAAUUAUAAAUGGAAUAAUAAUACUCAUUAAGAGUAGGAUAUUAAUUUUAAUGAAUAAAACAUUUCUCAAUAAUUAUAAAGUAUUAAAUUAAAAAUAAAUAUAAAAAAGAUAAUAAAUUCAGUCCAUAUUAGAAGAAUUAAUGUUAUUAUUAUUUCAGAAAGGCAUAGUAAAGAUAUUUCAAUUCUUUAUUAAAAUGGUUAUAAUCAUUACAAUUUAACAUAAAUAUUUUUAGAUAAUAACAAAUGGUCUGCUUUUUUUUCAAAAUUAUAAGGAUUGCUUUUAUGA